CUACCUGCAUUAACCAUAUCAAUUGUUCGCUGCCUCCGUCGUAUCGUUGCAGCUGGCCACCAUUAUCAUAUCUGCUAAUAAUAGUGUUGAUGGGUCUCACCAGUACCCGGCGGAUCCUCAAGCUCAUACUCAAACCCAAACCUGUCGGUGCUUUCAAGUUGAUGUUUAUAUACUUUGACUUCAGUAUGGUGCAGUCCUUUGAGAUAACACCUUCACCUCCAGAUCCCCUGUUCAAGCUCCCACAAGAUAGACCUGACAGAGUCCUUUGGACCACAUCGCCCAGCUCGGCGACCAGAAAAUCGCAGUCGCAUGGCCAAGAGGCAUCAUUCACGGUAACAAACAAUUUAAUUUUCUAUCACGAACAUGAUGUUAGAUUUAAUGAUAUUCUCGCUGAUCAUUGUUUCCCGCUCUUGAGCCGCAUUAGAUCAAAUGGCUACUCUCAGGCGUGUCCGAAGUCUCAUCAGGAGAGUGCGGUACACGAUACAAGUCCCACACCCGCGCCUCGACAUAGACUGAGGCGCGUAAGGAGACAAUUUUCUUUCAAGAACCACGAUCACGACUUCUAUGUGCUAAACACAAAACACACAUCGGAUGACAAGCAGUUUUCUGACAACAUUCCGUUUCAAUUCCCAACUCCAUUCCCCGAGACUGUCUUGAAUCCAGACCAACCAUUACAGGAGACAACGCUCAAGCAUUCGAGCAAAGAUCUUUCCCCCAUCACCGAAGACAGAGAAACUUUUGCGAGCCCUGGUUCUCUCUCCACGAUGUUCGAUAGUUCUAUGGAUCCGUUUGCUGUCUCUGAUUCGCGAAGCACCGGAAAAUUAUCUACAGAGAGCUCUACCAACAUUCCCGCUGAGACAGCCAACUACUUCACAUCUCAAGAGCCAUCAUUUUCCUCAGGACAGCGAGAGAUCUAUCCUGCCCGGUCAUCUCCCAAGCUGAAUUCUGCCAAUCACUCUACGUCAACUGCGCAGUGGUCUCCGGUUUCCCCACUGGUUUUCGCCGACAUGUCUUCCUUCCCAGGACAACCACCGAACCUUGACGCGAGCCACGAUAUUGAUCUCUCGGAUCUUUCCGCGUGUAAAGGUAAUGCCAUCAUCACGUUCGACUCGUGCGCACGCAGCUCCUCUAAUGUCUCCGCAGCUGUGACCGAAAAGGGAGGGAAAAGACUCAGGCUAGAUGCAUUAGACGCACAACUCUCCAACAAGAACCCGGCCAGAAACGUCGACUCCCGUGGCUGCACUUCUGGAAUUUCGACAGCGAACUCUAUCAAAGCGCCAAUCAUAGACACAGUUUUAUCCAGACCUAGCGUUCCUCGGGCAUCACCAUCGAAACGAAUUUGGUCAAGACUGCGGCGUGCUGUAACAGUGACCUUUGCGAAGAGGAGUGACAUAACGGGCGUUAAAGAUUCAGGUGGUCGCGAACAAAGCUCUCGUACUACUACUCAAAGGAUGUUCGCGCCACUUCUCAUUUCUAAAGCAAGUUUCGUCCGUAAUCAAGACGCAACCAGGCCGAGAAGGCGGCUCACCAAACCAGCACAUCCGGCAACCACUUCCGUUGUCCUUGACUCCAAGCCCAGUGUUUCUUCACCACAGAAGCGUACCUCCAAGCGUUCGCGCCUAUCGAAUCGUACAGACAUUGACUUCGCAACUAUUUUCUCGCCUUCAUUUGCACUGCCAGAGUAAAUUACCUUCAUGAUUGUCUUUUCAUCCUGUAAACAAAGCCUCCCGCAUAAUGAUUUUCUGUCCGUUCUUAUUGCAACGGUUUUUGUAUCAAGAUUCUGUGGUGGGCACAUUCGAUAUGUGCGCAAGAAUUCAAUGUAUAGUAGAGUUGUCCCACC